UUGACAUAUAUUUUUUUUCACCUUCUCUCUCCAAAGUGGUUGUUGUAAGAAAUUGUUUUUGUUUCUAUAUGUAAAGAAAUAAUUGGAGACUUAUAUAAAUCAACAAUUCUUGAAAGUGGAAUAUUUUUUAAAUUAACUAAAUAACAAUGGGUUCGGAUCAUACGAGUAGACGAUGGAGUCAUUUGCAAAAAGUUUUGGAGAGAUCUGGACCAUUUUGCCGGCCUGACUUUGAACCUUCUUCGGAAACUCUUCCGUUUUUAAUGGAAAGUUGUAAAGUAUUAGUUGUCGGAGCCGGAGGACUUGGUUGUGAAUUAUUAAAAAAUUUAGCUUUAAUGGGCUUCCGACAAAUUCAUGUCAUUGACAUGGAUACAAUUGAUCUUUCUAACCUCAACAGACAAUUUCUAUUUCGUCACAAGGAUCUCGGCUCAUCGAAGGCAGAAAUUGCGGCACAUUUUGUUAACGAACGUGUAAACGGUUGCAAUGUUGUUCCUCAUUUUUGUAAAAUUCAGGACAAGGACGAUUCAUUUUAUCGUCAGUUUCACAUUGUUGUUUGCGGUCUAGAUUCAAUUGUUGCGAGACGAUGGAUUAAUGGAAUGCUAAUUUCAUUGUUGAUUUACAAUGACGGUGAACUCGAUCAAAGUAGCGUUAUUCCAUUGGUCGACGGUGGUACCGAGGGUUUUAAAGGAAAUGCCCGGGUGAUAUUGCCCGGAAUUACCGCCUGCAUCGAAUGUACUUUAGAUCUCUAUCCCCCUCAGGUCACUUACCCAUUGUGCACAAUUGCGAAUACUCCACGAUUGCCGGAACAUUGCAUAGAAUACGUGAAAGUGGUCUUAUGGUCUAAGGAAAAUCCCUUCGAUUGCGUUAUUGACGGCGACGAUCCACAGCACGUGAAUUGGAUUUACGAAAAAUCCACCGAGCGAGCCACUCAAUUUGGAAUUCGAGGAUUGACAUACAGACUUGUGCAGGGAGUGGUGAAAAAUAUUAUCCCCGCUGUUGCUUCUACAAAUGCCUCAAUUGCCGCGACUUGCGCCACCGAAGUCUUUAAACUCGCCACUAGCUGCAGUGCCUCCUUAAACAAUUACAUAGUACUUAACAACAUUGACGGAAUUUACACCUACACCUACGAAGCGGAGAAAAAGAAUGAUUGCGUUGCCUGCAGUCAAAUACCACGUGAAAUUGAGAUAAAAACACCAAAGUUAAAAUUAAAGGAACUCAUUGAAAUUCUUUGCGAGAGAAUUGAUCUUCAAAUGAAAAAUCCCGGCAUAACGGCAAUGAUUAAUGGAAAAAAUAAAACCCUCUACAUGCAAACUGUCGCAAGUAUUGAGGAAAGAACAAGGGAGAAUUUAACAAAAACAUUAAGUGAAUUGGGUUUGAAUGAGGGCGAUGAAAUUUACGUAGCCGAUGUCACGACACCAAAUACAGUUGUCUUUAAAUUAAAAUUCUUCACCACCGACGUUGAAAUGACCUAACGAUUAAUAACACUCUCCCUUGUAAAAAAAGAAGAAGAAAACUACCAAUUAGACUUUAGGAAAACUGUUAAUACGCCUAAGUCAAAUUAAUUAAUAUAUUAAUUAAUAAGAUUUA